AUGCAAUCACUAUGGCCAUAUCAUUCGUUUCGUCCUGUUACAUGGGACCGUUAUUAUGUGAAUGAUUAUCAUGAAAAACCUACAUCAUCAUCAGUAAGUGGAGGUGUUGCAGCAGGAUUAACUAUUGGAAUCUUCUUUAUGGUGUUCAUAUUCACAUUCGGAUGUCGAAUAUAUAGCCAAUAUGUUGAUAGAACCCAACAACAAAAUAAUAACAAUGCAGAGAAUAUGCUCAGUGAAUCUAUCGCGGAGGACAUGUGGAUAUGUGGGAUUCCACGUAAUCCUCCUCCGCCUUAUGAGGUAGCUAUCAAGAUGCCAAUCAGCCCUCCACCUAGCUUGAUCAACAAUAGCUCUUCUUCUAGCUCUUCAACAUCAACAUCUCCUCUUAGCAUGACACCUAUUUCGAAUUCUCCACCGCCAGUGUUUUCGGCGUUACCUCCACCAUCGAUAUCGUUGUCAUCCUCUCCCCCACCAUCAAGUAGCUCAUCUUCACCAUCAACUUAUAGUUCAGCUGAUCGAUUGACUGUAGAAAUUUGA